AUGUCUGUUCACUCGGUUCAGGCAUGGAAGCUGGACAGAUAUGCACGAUUUGUUAGCAGUAAAGCUAAUGAAUGUGGACAGUGGAAGCACUAUAAUGACUCCAGGGACCAUAUUGUGUUGACUGUCACAGACAUGCAACAGCUAAUCAUUUCACAGAGCUCAGUCAUAUUUGAAAGUCACAGUCUUGUGAAUGCAGGAUCCUACAUUCGUGGACUGAGUCGCAGUGACAGCCUUCUCUUCAUGUGCAAAUUAAAGGAGGCGACAAGAAGAUUUAGGAUUAGGUUUUGCCAAGAUGGUACCAGCGGGAUGUCUGCGGAGGAAGCCUGCAUGAAGGCUGUCAAGAAACUGUCAACAUUUUUCCCAAUAAAGAUUAAUAUUAUUGAAAAUGGAGAUAAAAACAGCACACAGUUGAAUACUGUGGAAAAAGAAACAUAUGGACUUGACACAGCCAAGGACAUCUGGAGUGGAAAUGAAAAGCUCUACAGAAUUUUGCGAAGAAGUGACAUUAGGUGCAGUUGCACAGGCUGUUCUGAGGCGUGGAUCUUUUCCUUUGGCCUAUGA